AUGGCGCUGAUUAUUCCGUACCGUAAUUGUUCGGAAGAGUUACAACAAUUCGCUCCACACAUGCUGAAUUACCUUUCUCAGAAAGUCAUUCCUCAUCGGAUGUACGUGAUUCAUCAAGUUGACGAUUUCAGGUUCAAUCGAGGAGCCCUGAUCAAUGUUGGAUUUCAAGAAAUGGAUUCAGAUUGUGAUUAUGUCGCCAUGCAUGACGUUGAUCAUCUUGCUAUCGACCCCCAGCUUGAUUACGGAUAUCCCAGUGAACGACCGCGUCAUUUAGCAAAAUCCAAAUACGCCAGGGCUGUUGGUGGAGUGCUUUUGAUGACUAACGAGCACUACAGAAAGGUCAAUGGUUUGUCCAACUACUUCUGGGGCUGGGGUAGAGAAGAUGACAACCUGUUUAGACGAAUUCAACACGCUAGAUUAAAGGUGCAACAACCAGCCUACACAUUUUCGUCUUCAGCAUACCGCUUGAUUCACAACGAAGACAAAAGACCCCGCGAUAAAGAGACUCACUAUAAUCAGGAAAAGAUGACGCACCGCUUUGAUAUUAAAUCUGGAUUAAAUAGCUCGCGGUAUACAAUAGAGAGCCGAAAUAUAACUAUUGUGAACGGGGCAGCUGUGCGUUUCAUUAACGUUCACUUGUAUUGUAACCUUACAGAGACUCCUUCUUGUAGUAAACUUACAUCGUAAACGAUAAGAGCUUAUUUUCUUAUCAUAAAAUU